CAUAAGUAUAUACAUGCUUUUUCUCUAGGUGUGAAAUAUGGAGACACUGAGCUAAAGAUGGGGUCGGUAGUGUCAUACUUUGAACAGUUGUGUGGAAAGGAGGAAAAGAGAGAGGAGGAGAGACACUUGCGUGCUAAUGACAGACCUUUCAACCUGUCUUACCACUAUACUAACAAUGCCAUCAAGACCUCCAAAUACAACAUUUUCACCUUCCUGCCACGUAACCUCUUUGAGCAGUUCCGGAGGCUCGCCAAUGCCUACUUCCUCUUUCUCAUGGUCCUUCAGCUAAUCCCACAAAUCUCCUCUCUCUCCUGGUUCACCACGGCAGUCCCUCUGAUUUUGGUGCUGUCUAUAACAGCAGUGAAGGACGCCAGCGAUGACAUAAACAGACACAAAAGCGACAAUCAAGUGAAUAACCGCAUCGUGAACGUCCUCAUCGAUGGAGAGCUGAGAAAGGAAAAAUGGAUGAAUGUUCAAGUGGGAGACAUAAUCAAACUGGAGAAUAAUCAGUUUGUCACAGCAGACCUUCUGUUGCUGUCCAGCAGUGAGCCUCUCAAUCUGGUGUACGUAGAAACAGCUGAACUGGAUGGUGAAACCAAUCUGAAGGUGAAACAAGCCCUGACUGUAACUGGAGAGAUGGGAGACAGCAUCGAUGCUCUGGCUGGCUUCAAUGGUGAAGUGCGAUGUGAGCCUCCCAACAACCGUCUAGACAAGUUCAAAGGAACCCUGACUUUGAACGGACAAACCUACUCUUUGGAUAAUGACAAGGUGCUGCUCAGAGGAUGUACUCUAAGGAACACUGAGUGGUGCUUUGGUCUGGUCAUCUUUGGAGGUCCAGACACCAAGCUGAUGCAGAACAGUGGAAAGACAACCUUCAAACGGACGAGCAUUGAUCACCUAAUGAAUGUCCUGGUGUUGUGUAUCUUUGGUUUCCUGGCAUCUAUGUGCUCUGUUCUGGCCAUUGGCAAUGCAAUCUGGGAGGUGAAAGAGGGCUCAGUGUUCACAGCCUUCCUCCCCCGUGACUCUGGGGUUGGUGCUGCUCUUUCAUCCUUCCUCUCCUUCUGGUCUUACGUCAUCAUCCUCAACACGGUGGUGCCCAUUUCUCUCUACGUCAGUGUGGAGAUCAUCCGCCUGGGGAACAGCUUCUACAUAGACUGGGACAGGAAGAUGUAUUACCCCAAGAAUGACACCCCUGCCCAGGCGAGGACCACCACGCUCAACGAGGAGCUGGGCCAGAUCAAAUACAUCUUCAGCGACAAGACCGGCACCCUGACUCAGAACAUCAUGACAUUUAACAAGUCCUCCAUCAAUGGGAAAGCUUAUGGGGAGCUGUUUGACUUUGCUGGACAGAGGGUGGAAAUAACAGAGAAGACAGAUAGAGUGGACUUCUCCUGGAACCCGCUGGCUGAUCCGAAGUUCAUCUUUCAUGACCACAGUCUGGUGGAGACGGUGAGAGAGGGAAACCCGAAGGCUCAGGCCUUCUUCCGCCUGCUGGCUCUGUGCCACACCGUCAUGCCUGAGGAAAAGAAAGAGGGGGAGCUGUACUAUCAGGCUCAGUCUCCCGAUGAGGGCGCUCUGGUGACCGCAGCAAGAAACUUCGGGUUUGUGUUCCGCUCACGCACUCCAGAGACCAUCACAGUCGUGGAGAUGGGCAGACAAGUCACCUACGAACUUCUGGCAGUUCUUGACUUUAAUAAUGUGCGCAAGAGAAUGUCCGUCAUAGUGCGUAGCCCCGAAGGUAAAUUGAUUCUAUACUGCAAAGGAGCAGACACCAUCAUCUUUGAAAGACUGCACCCGUCCUGUAAAAAACUGAUGGAAGUUACAACUGGACACCUCAAUGAGUAUGCAGGCGAAGGUCUCCGUACGCUGGCUCUGGCCUACAAGGACUUGGAUGAGGGCUAUAUGAAGGAGUGGCAACAGCGCCACCAUGAGGCCAGCACUGCCAUGGAAGGACGAGAGGAGAGACUUGAUGAACUUUAUGAAGAGAUAGAGAAAGACCUGCAGCUGUUGGGAGCGACAGCUGUGGAGGACAAGCUGCAGGACGGUGUGCCACAGACCAUAGAGCAACUGGCUAAAGCUGACAUCAAAAUCUGGGUGUUGACUGGGGAUAAACAGGAGACAGCGGAAAAUAUCGGCUAUUCCUGCAACAUGCUGAGAGAGGAGAUGAAGGAGAUCUUCGUUGUGGCAGCCAAUACAGCUGAAGGAGUCAAGGAGGAGUUACAGAAUGCAAGAAGAAAAAUGUGUCCAGAAGCUGCAGAAAAGCCAUCUGUGAUAACGGCCCGUGCAGGCCUAUUUUGGCUUCAGAAGACACAGUCCGUGCAGGAUGAGAAGGUGGAUGGAGAAUAUGGCCUAGUUAUAAAUGGACACAGUCUGGCCUUUGCACUGGAGAAGAACUUGCAGCUGGAGCUGCUGAGGACAGCGUGUAUGUGUCAGACGGUGAUUUGCUGCAGGGUCACCCCUCUGCAGAAGGCCCAGGUGGUUCAGCUGGUCAAGAAAUACAAGCAGGCGGUCACUCUGGCCAUUGGGGAUGGGGCCAAUGAUGUCAGCAUGAUCAAGGCUGCUCAUAUCGGUGUAGGUAUCAGCGGUCAGGAGGGCAUGCAGGCAGUUCUCUCAAGCGACUAUUCCUUCGCCCAGUUCCGUUACCUUCAGCGCCUCCUGCUGGUGCACGGUCGCUGGUCCUACCUGCGCAUGUGCAAGUUCCUACAAUAUUUCUUUUACAAGAACUUCACCUUCACCUUUGUGCAUUUUUGGUACGCGUUCUUCUGCGGCUUCUCUGCACAGACUGUGUAUGACGAGUGGUUCAUCACCUUGUACAACCUGGUUUACACAGCUCUUCCAGUCCUCGGCAUGAGCCUCUUCGACCAGGACGUGAAUGACCGCUGGAGUUUCCAGUAUCCUCAGCUCUACACCCCAGGCCAGCUGAACCUGUACUUCAAUAAGAAAGCCUUUGUGCGCUGUCUGAUGCACAGCUGCUACAGCUCCCUUAUCCUCUUCUUCAUCCCAUGGGCCGCCAUGCAAGAUACAGUUCGAGACGAUGGCAAAGACAUUGCCGACUAUCAGUCUUUUGCUUUAUUGGCACAGACCUGCCUUCUGGUUGUGAUGAACAUACAGUUAUGUCUGGACACCUAUUACUGGACAGCAGUGAACCAGUUUUUCGUUUGGGGCAGCCUGGCAGCUUACUUUGCCAUCACGUUCACCAUGUACAGCAACGGCAUGUUUCUCAUCUUCACCUCCUCUUUCCCCUUCAUCGGCACCGCAAGAAACUCUCUCAGCCAGCCUAACGUGUGGCUGACCAUAUUCCUGACUACCCUCCUCUGUAUUCUGCCUGUAGUGGCUUUUCGCUUCAUUCUCAUUCAGCUUCGGCCCACCAUAAACGACAAGGUGAGACAUAAGGUGCAGAAGGAGGCACUACCAGCUCCUGCUCCCCGCCGCCCACCUACCAGGCGUAUCAGCACCCGUCGGUCUGGCUACGCCUUCUCCCACGCCCAGGGCUACGGUGAUCUGGUGACAUCUCGGAGGUUCCUGCUGAAACUACCCCUGAGGAGUCGACCGGCCCUGUUUUCCCAAACAGACUCUCCUCUGGCUCAGAAUCAGCCACAGUUUUACCGUACUAUCGCAGAGGAGCAGGAGGAGUCAAAGAGCUCUUAGACAGGAGGUAUGCAUGAGAGGAGCAUGUUAAGUUUUUAUUCUGGAGCCUAGCUCACACUUAUGAGAGGAUGCACAGGGUAAAGUUCACUACCUGGAGCGUUUCCAGGUCAACCCUUUACACUUUAUCCAAAUAAUGUAUACUGAUAUCACUGUGAAAAUGUUGAACUUGGCAGCACAUACAACCUUAAGGGACUACACUGGUGCUUUAGCAUUAUUAGCUUAAUACAACUGCCAUAAAUGUUUUCUGCUUUACUGAAGCAUACCAGAAGAUUUUAAAUACAUUUUCUACCUUCAGCAUACAGAGGAUAUUGGUUUCAAGUAAUUUCAUUACAAAUACAUCAACUUGUGGAGAAAUGCUUUAGGUAAUCAAUCGUAGCAAACAUUCAAAUGGAGAGUAAGUGAUCCAAUACACUUUUUGUUAAAUUCACUGAAUAUUUCCUCAUGGUUUGCUAGCUCUCUCUUUUGUGUGUGCUCUAAAAAAAAUCUGGUUUUCCCACAUAACCCUGCCUCUGUAAAUGUAACAAAGAAAGUGGUCUUUAACCUUGGGGAGGGGCGCAGUGGGACAAUCUAUUCACCGGCACAUUUGAACAUGCUGGACCGUAGGCGCAGUGAAGAGGGAGAGAUGGCAGAGAAACAGCCAAAGACGAAAAGGUCUGAAGAGUAUAAAAAGAGAAGAAAGAUGAAAGUUAUAUGAAAAGGUUAGGGCGAAGGCGUUUCAGAGAUUUGAAAUUUGGGGAGGCGGAGCUUCUGAGGGAGCACUGAAGGGAGGGGUGUAUUUGUUUGGCAGUUGAAUUACAUACUUUCCCUUUAAUUGCAUUAAGUUUUGUUCACUGUGGUAUUUCACAACAUUUCACAAAUUGUUUGAUGAAUAGACUUCAGCAGGAUAAUUUCAAGUGGUCGCUGGUUUUUACACUGUAAACACACAGUACAACAGUUGACUCUCAAAUUUCAGAAGUCCACACUAUAAAGAAGAGUUUUUAGAACAGUCCCUACUCACAGCUGCAAUUUCCCAUUUGACAAAAAAAAGUGUACAUCAUUUCAUACUGUAAGGAAAUGAACUAAAAGUAUCCUGCAGCCUGGAAGGUAGAACAAGUAAAAGCUUAUGGUAAGCUUGUGAAACUGCGAUAUUAACUUUGUGUCAUGCACACCAAAUAUUUACAGUAUUUGUUGUGAUCUGUAGAGAUUUUUUUUGUAAGUUAAGUAAAAAGAAAACAGUAAAGGUUGCCAUUAGCUUAUCUGGGGAAACUGGAUUACCACACUGCCUGCAACAUGACGUUGCAUUUUAUAACUUUAGUUUUUCUCAAGUGAAUAGUCAAUCCUCAUGGUGACAUUUUGAGAAAGGAUAAAACAGUGAUUUCAGUUGAAAUCUAUGAUGAAUCUCUUUUUACUCUGUUGUUUACAUAAUUAUUUACACAAAGAUUUGUAAGAUUUUUUUUUUGUUCUGCUCGGUGUUAAUAAUCUGUUUGUUUAUGAAAAGACGUAUAAUUUGUUCAGUCUGUACCACUUAAUUACAGUAUUUCAAAGUACAGCCAGGGGUUAGUGUUGUCUUUGUAGCUGUGUUUUAAAUAAAGAUCUGGUACUGGUUUAAGAGUCAUUCGUGGGACAGUACAGCGACCAGCAGACAGCACCUAAUACUCAUAAAAUCCCUCUUUUUAGCCCUUCUACACAUUUCGCCACUUUCAUUUUAUUAUUUCGGGUUCCUCCGACUCACCUGAGUGAGGAGAUUUUUGUUGGCCGAUAGACAUUUUGAUGUCGGGCGUUCAAGUUUCUACAUGAGAGAUCAUCUGUGAAUAAAACAAAUAAGUUGA